CCUCUUUAUCUGUUCACUAUCAUCUGUACACAUUUAUUCACAAACACGUACCUAUAAUAUCGUUUUCGGAUAGUAUAGUAUCGCACCGUAUAAUUAUCAUAACAUCACUCAACAUGACCUGGCAGGAAAUUGCCCAAUCGAAACAAGAGCGGACCAUUUCCGCAAUCCCUUCGGAAUGGAUCAUCCCCAACAAUCUCAAACCACAAGACUCACAUCUCGACGUCACUUCAUUCCCCCGUGAGUCGGGCUGGUUCACACAGGAAGAAUUGGAUAUUACAGAAUCUGAUGCCACGUCUAUUCUUGCCAACAUUAAGAGCAAGUCAUGGUCGGCCGAAGCUGUCACUCGGGCCUUUUGCAAGCGUGCUGCUGCUGCGCAUCAAUUGACCAACUGUUUGACCGAAAUAUUCUUCACUGAUGCCAUCAGGGCAGCAAAGUCCCUCGAUGAACACUAUUCAAAGACGGGUCAGGUUACGGGGCCUCUUCACGGCCUCCCGAUAUCUCUCAAAGACAACUUCAACGUCGCCGGACAUGAUAGUACGGUCGGAUUUACCUCCUUGGUCAACAAACCAUUACCUUACAAUUCCACAUUGGUGGAUUUGUUAGAAAAGGCUGGUGCUGUGAGGUACUGCAAGACAAACGUACCAACUGCCAUGAUGAUCGCCGAAUCCGUGAACAAUACUUUUGGCAGAACAGUGAACCCUCAAAAUCGAAACCUUACCUCUGGUGGCUCCUCUGGCGGUGAAUCUGCAUUGAUCGCGUUCAAGGGCAGCCCCCUAGGAGUGGGUACCGAUAUUGGAGGAAGCUUGAGAAUCCCCGCGGCAUGCACCGGAAUCUUUACUCUACGUCCUAGCUUUGGCCGAUUCACAACACAACGCUGCACAUCUGGCCUUGCUGGACAAGAGGCUGUCAAUAGUGUUAAUGGACCUAUGGCAAGAACAUUGGACGACAUGAUUCUCUUCGCUAAGACUGUAGUUGACGCCCAACCCUGGCUCGUGGAUCCAAAAUGCCUGCCUAUCCCAUGGCGAACCGUUGAACCGAAACCAAAACUCAAGAUUGCUGUAUUAUGGCACGAUGGAAUCGUCGCGCCUACUCCUCCUGUAGCCCGUGCGCUUCGGGAAACGGUAGACAAAUUAAAACAAGCAGGUCAUGAGAUCGUGGAGUGGCAACCUAAUCUUCAUCCCAAGGCAUUGGAUCUUUUAAAACGUAUGUUCAUUGCGGACGGUGGCAAGAGCGUGAAGGCGCUGCUUGCUCCAACUGGUGAGCCAAUCCGACCCGAAAUGGCUAUGUAUGAAACAGCAGAAGAGCUGGGCACCUUCGGGAUGUGGAAGCUUCAUCUAGAACGGUCUGAUUUGCAGAGGCAGUAUCUCGAGCAGUGGACGUCAUAUGAUGCUUUAGACGCAAUUCUAUGCCCUACUACGCCAUAUGCAACUGUGAAGCAUGGUGACUUCAAGUACGUGGGAUACACUGGCGUUUAUAAUGUCGUUGAUUAUUCCGCUGUGUCUUUCCCUUGCAAUGUAACAGCCGACCAAGAGAAGGACCAAUCCGCUGUCCAAGAUCAGCCACUGAGCGACUUGGACAAAGAGACACGACAAGACUAUCAACCCGCCCUUGUGCAUGGCAUGCCUGUCAGCCUACAGCUAGUGGCUAGACGACUCGAAGAAGAAAAGCUUCUUGCAAUGACCAAAACAGUGCUGCAAGCGAUACAUGGGAACGACUCUGCAACUGUCAAAUCAGCAUUGUAGGCAUAGAUUCAGUCAUUGCAUACCUGUUGAAUAUUGGUGGAUUCCAUAGUUUGUUGAGCUUACUGGGCUCAUAUAGAUAAUUCGCAAUGGACAUUGGAGUCGCAACUUCCGCAGUUUUCAAUGGUUGCCUAGGUUUAUGCGACGUGAGGUAGAUGAAGCAACCGCAUCGCUCUUAACUCUCUUUUUCCCUACCGCUUAUAUAGAUCUUGUAUUCACUCAUCCUAGUCUUGGG